UCCUCUCUUUAUCUUUUACCAGUAGAAACCCCAUACUAUGAUGAAUGGGUCUAGAGAAGACAAUUCAAGGUGUUAUUUCCAUCCUAAAGAAGUUUUUAUGGGGAUUUGUGCUUUGUGCUUGAACGAGAGGCUUCUUAUCUUAGCUUCAAAGCAAGCCCAACGCUCUUCAUCAUCAUCAACCAGAGGCAUCCGUAGAUUUAUUCAAGGUGUUUCAUUGAAGAAACCUCCCAUUAACCUCCCCAAGAUCUUUGCUUUAGGUUCACUGCUCAAUCGUCUAGAGUUCAAGCAUUGCAAAUCUGAACAUUCGGAUGCUUCAACCAGUCAAGAAGAUUCCUUCAUCUCAAUCAAGUUUGAAGAGAAUGGUGUUGGUUCAUGGGAAAAAGGUACGGUUUCUAAGGUCUCUCUUGAGCAAUGCAACUUGUCAUGGAACCCAACCUUGACCAAGGGCAUGGAGCCGGUAACCAAGGAGACCAAUAAGAGCGUGAUCGAGCAUGAGAAACCACGAGCCUCGAUUAGGUGGCGGAAGCGGAUUGGCCACUUGUUCCAGCUCGUAAGGUGGAAGAGGUCCAGCAAAGCCAAAGGAUGCCACAUGGGCGGCAGCAAGAUAGAUGGUGUGAAAGUGAUGAGAAGGAAGGGAUGGAUGAGGACUCUGACAAAGUGAACCAAAGAAUAAAGACAUGCUUUUGUAUAGAAAGGGACACUAAAGCUUUGCUUUUUCUCUCCUCCAUACCAAUUUGUGUGAGUUGGGGCUCUCUCAUAUAAUUGAGAUACGGGUAAGAGUCAAAAUAUACUUUAUCACCCUAAAGUGCUAGCUUUGGCUUAAAGUUCA